AUGGCUCAAGCUGUUAGCAGUAACUUGGCUGCUUCCAAUGUUUCAGAUCAUAUUAUCUGGCGCAAAUGGAUUUUGCGAUGCUUUGCGGUUACUCUUUGUAUCUUGUUUUGGAAUAUAACAGUCUACAAUUCUAACGAAGAAACAACGGAUGAUUUUGACAAAAAGGUGCAAAUAAUCGACACACAGCCAGCAUCCGUGGAUAUAGAUAAUUACAUGACAGAAGAGCAGAUAAAUCUUAAAUAUUGUGGUUCUCCCGUGUGUCAGUUUAUGCUUCCAAUAUACGUAGCUGAACAAGAAUCUAGAGCACGACUGCACGUUAGAAGUCUAACUAUUCUAGCUCAAGAAACCGGUCGGGUGUUAGUCUUACCUAACGUUGAAAAUGCACUAAUUGGUACAUGCCAGACUUAUUCUUUCGAUUAUUACUAUUCCAUCGAAGCAAUGCGACAGUCUUCGCCAAACAUCACAUUCAUUACGCAAAGCCAGUUUCUUUCGUGGAACCAAGAGAUGAAAGCGAUCAAGGCUAGAAUUCCCACGGUAGAAGUUGUCAAAUUGAACAAUACUCACAGAAACGGUCAAGACAGGAUUGUAUCUGAACAGAUAAAUUUGGAGGCCUAUAAACAAUAUAACUGCCUGGAACCAUUCGACUACUUAUCAUACAAAGACAUUCAAGAAACUGAUAUAACAGUGUUCAGUUUAAUUGCUAGAAAACCAACCGAAGAGCAAGUUGUAACUGCUGUCGCGGUCGCACAAUUUGUAAUUAACAGUCUAAGGUUGAUCCAAUCAGAUGUCAUAUUCAUGCACUACAAUUUCUAUAGAUUUACUUGUUUACAAGUGCAACAUUUACCUGCACCGCUCCAAUAUGCCGAUCACCUGAUUGAGCGGGCAAAAACUGUGUCAACCUUCCUUCAUCCAUAUAUCGGCAUUCAUUGGCGGAUGGAAACGGCUAAUCCGGAAAAGCUCGUUAACUGCAGUAUUCAAUUAAUAGAAUAUAUCCAACGUAUUAAAGAAGAAAAAGGAAUAAGAAAUAUAUACUUUGCUACGGACUAUCCGAUUGAUGGCGGUGACACUCAUUCAGGGACAUUUUUGGAACUAACAAAAGAUCAUCAUAGAGCAGCGAAAAUGCUUGCAAACAAUCUAGACUUUUAUACUUGGCAACGCCUCAAUGCUUCACUUUUCCCUUUCAAAAAUGACAAAUUCGUAGCGAUUGGUAAAAAACCUGUUAAUAAGGAAGGAUUGGGCGUGUUGGCAAUAUGGGACAAGUUAGUUUUGAUGCAUGCUAAUUGGUUUGUCAGUGGCCCACCCGGAUGUUGCCGAAUAACGAGUUCCUAUACUGCCCAAGUGGUGAAAGCCAGAGGUGUAUUUGUGGAGGAUCAAGAAAUUUCCAGUGGAGAGCCACCGAAAGAUGCUUUGUUAAAUCUUUGGGAUACGUGGUAG